GACAGAGGGGUAUAUUUUAUAUAUUUAACAAUAACUAAUAUUAAAUAUUUCAUUGUGCAGGUGAAGAUCCUGUCACUACCAAGGAGGUUGGUUCUCUUCAUUCUACUGAUGUUAUGCCCCAACCUGAUUGUAAGGAGAGUGAUCCUUUAGGCACUCAGAAGCAGAAUUCUGUUAAAGUGGUGAAGAGAAAAACCAAAGGACCUGCCAACAAUAAGUCUUUCGUUGCCCCAGUUCUGGUUCCUCAUGACAAUCCAGAUCGAAGGGCCUUGGCCAGUCCUAGAAGGGAAGUCAGUUUGACUCCUACAGCCAGUGCCAGUUUGCCCAUGAAGAGGUCUCAUCUAAAGAGGUCAUCAAACAACUUUGAUAUGGAGAAAACAAUUGAGCCAGAGCCAAUUCAGAAUACCUUCAAGGAAAAAGGAUCGACUGUUAAAAAUGAUGACGAGAAGUCGGAGAAACCUGUAUUACACUCAGCAACCCCAUGUCAAGCAACAGUGGCUGUGGCACCAGGAAGGACACGUAGUUUAGUUGAGAGAUUCGAGAGAAGAGAAAUACCACACGUUGAUACCCGCCACACUGACACAGUUCUUUGUUCAAAACCUGAAGAAGCAAAAACAUCCCUGUUACAGGGUGAGAGGGUUGAUAAAGAUGGAAGGGUGAAAACUGAAGAUGCCCAAACUACGGGUACAGUUCCUCUUUCUAAACCGGAGGAAGAAAGAGCACCGCUUACCCCUCCUUCACAUGGUGAGGGGUUUGAUAGAAGACGAAUGUCGAAAGCUGAUGCUGCCAAAAUUCCUCAUAAAGCUCCUCGAUCUAAACCAGAGGAAUCAAAUUCAUCUCCUCUGGCUGAGAGGCUAGACAGAAGAGAAAUGUUGGGAGCUGGUGAUGCCCAUACUUCUGACACAGUUCCUGAUUCUACGGACGAGGAAGCAAAAGAAAUUACAUUACCGAUUCCUAAUAUGCAAGUUGAGGAAAGGGGUGAGACAACUGUAAGUGAUAUUAGUAUCAUUGAAAACGUGAUGCAGAAUCAUGACACCCUUUUAAGUAGGUUAAGGUCACGACUGACAAAGUUGCAGGUAGUUCGACAUUUUUGGGAAAAGAAUGACAUUAAGGGUGCAUUCAAUGCCUUGAAGAAGUUGCCUGAUCAAGCUGUACAAGCAGAUGUAGUUAGUGUUCUCAUUGAAAGAAAGGAGAUUGUUACCUUAGAGUUGUUUUCUUCCUUACUUCCGGUACUGUUGGGCUUACUAGACAGCAAGGUUGAAAGGCACGCGAAUGUAUCUCUAGAGAUGCUAUUGAAGCUUGUGGCAAUCUUCGGUCCAUUAGUCCGAUCAGCUGUUUCAGCACGUCCAUCUGUAGGGGUUGAUCUUCAUGCAGAGGAAAGAAUCGAGUGCUGCAGACAGUGCUUAGCGCAUCUCCAAGUUAUCCAAAACAGUAUUCCGACGCUCUUGCAGAGAGGAGGCUUGCUGGCAAGAUCUGCACACCAGCUGAAUCUUGUUCUUCAGCAAUCAUGAAAAUGCAAGAGCUCACAUUUCAGAGGAGGGGCACUCUACCCUGCAAUCAUCUGGAUUGGACAUCACCACCGGUUUUCGUCCAACUUUUGCUACCCAAGUCCAGAUUUCCUUUUGUCGUUAGCCCAGCAGCCAUACAAGAAACUAAAGUGGCGCAUGGAAUCGGCGUUUUUGCAGAAGCAACACCACCUGGUAAUGUGAUUCCCCAUUUUGUAUGUAAUUUAUAGCAAUGAAAUUCUAUGGGAUGUAGCCCUUUAGAUGUAUAAAUAUAUAUACCUCAGUUGUUAGAUGAUUCUCCCAUUAAUGGUUUUCCGAAUAUAAGAUGUAUCCUAAUUCCUAAUAUAACAUGUUCACCUUU